GAUUUCUUUGUUGAAAAAAGCUACCAUAUGAAUGAUAGUCGUAUGAAAAAGAAUUAUCUGGCAUACCUUUGGACACUAGUUUAACACUGGCAAGAUGCAUUUCUAACUUUGUACUGGCAGUAACGUUUGUUUGCUGUCAGAACCAUCCGUCUGAAGACAGUUGUUUUAUUUUGAAAGAAAAGACAAUUCACAACAUGGGUCUACCGAUCCUCUUCUUCUGCUAGCUUAAACUGGACCGGUUUAUGUUGUUAUAGUGCUAAUUUAGCUAUUUGAAUUACAAUUUUUUUUUUAACAUAUUACAUUUUUUCAUGGCUGCUGCUUUUUCCGUGUAUGCCGUGGAUGUCAGAUAGCUAACGUUAGCCUAAUUACAAAGGCGUCUUGGAGGCUUGAUGCUGUCCAUUCCUGCCCUGCCCUGUGCCAAGCAUUAGCAUGGAAGAAGAAACCCUUGAGGCAGCCAUUAGUACCUAUGGUGCCCAGUUGCAGCAGGUGGAGACAGCCCUGUCAGCUGGCCUGGACCCAUCCCAGCAGUCAGACCUGCUCAAAUUGAAAGAGGACCUUUGUCAGCUGAUAGAGCUCACAGAGUCUAGCCUGGUGUCUGUCAAAAAGAGUCGGCUUCUGGCCAGCCUCGAAGACCGUUAUGGACUGCAGGCAAACGCCUCAGAGGCAGCAGCUGACACAAACGGUGCAAACAACAGUUUGAACAAUGAGUUUGCUGCUUUCUACUCUGAACUCGGGGAGUCGUCAGGUAGUAGCUCUGAUACUAGAGAGAGGGACAAUGAGGAGGAAGGUGGAAUAGAGAAUGGUGAAGAGGAGGAGGCAGAGGAAGAAGAAGAUGCACUCAGUGGUACCAAAGUAAGAGCACCCUACAGGACAACAUGGGGGACACUGGAGUAUCACAAUGCCAUGGUGGUCGGGGCAGAACCACCAGAUGGAGAAGAGACACAAGUUAGAGUGUUCUAUGUCUACCCCACCCAGAAGUCUAUGAAACCCUGUCCAUUCUACCUUGAGGACAAAUGUCGCUUCCCUGAUAAUUGCAGGUUUUCCCAUGGUGAAGUGGUGUAUGUGUCGGAACUCAGAGAGUUCCUUGAGUUUGACCUCAGUAGUCUUGAAGAAGGCUCGUCCUGUUUGGCUCGACAUGAGGACGGCAUCUGGUACCCAGCCAAAAUUAAAGAAAUUGACAGUGGUUUCUACACUGUGAAGUUUGACUCAGCGCUGCUGAAAGAUGUUGUGGUCGAGGCCGACUGCAUUAUCCCGCCUUUGAGAGCAGAUGACCCGCUCUCCUCUGACUCUGACCUGGACGACAGUGGAGAUGGAGAUGAUGCGGCUUAUGCAAAAGUUAUGGACUCUGCUGUAGAAUACACAGAAUCGUCAAACAGGGCAAAUUUUGGUGGCUGGGAGGCACAUACCAGAGGCAUCGGAUCCAAGCUUAUGCUCAAAAUGGGCUAUGAAUAUGGGAAAGGUUUAGGAAAGAUGCAGGAGGGACGAGUGGAGCCAGUCAUGGCAGUGGUCCUACCCAAACGAAAGUCUCUGGACGAAUGUGCCGAGCUCACACAGAGACGCACCCAGAGCAAGGCGGCUAAAGAUGGUACACAAACAGGCCGCCCAAAGAGACGCAGAAAGCCUCGGGGCGCCACCGGAGGGCGCCGUAACGUCUUUGACUUUCUCAACCACAAGCUAGGAGGGAAGAGCAGCGAUCCUGCUGAGGGGGGUGCUGCGGCACCCUCAGCAGCGUCGGGGGUGGAGGCCUACAGGGGAGGAACAAGCACCAAGAGGACUCUAAAUGUGAAGCUGUUCCAGGCGUCUGAGAGGGUGUCGCAGACUGAGAGGGAGAUCCAGAAACUGACUGAGUCACUCGGCAGACAGACAGGCAGCUCCAGGGUGAAGCAGCUGGAAGAGAAGCUGUCAGCGGCCCGCAAGCUGCUGGCCCAGCAGAAGGCCCAGGAGCUGUCCAUCCAGAGAGAAAACAGGAAGGCUGACACACACAAGAAGAUGACUGAGUUUUAAGCUCAAUUCUCUCAAAGACUUGGGGGAUGAAUGGAAGCACUGCUUGCCUGAAAUGAACUUUUGUCCUUUUGUCUGUUGUCAGUUAUUUGCAACCCUGUUUAAUUUUUAAAGCAUUAUUUCUCAACGGCAUCAUGGAUUCGAGCUGGCGGUGGUGCCCAUUUUAUGGAGAAUGCAGCAUUUGCUGAAGAUUCUCUGCUUCUCAUUUUAUUUUUAAGGACUGAGCAGAUCUUUUUGUUUGAACAGUUGUUUCGCUUCAAAUUGUACAGUUCACAAUAAUGUUACAAACUAAAUUCGAUUUGUGAUGAACA